AUGCGCCCAGAGGUGUGGACACCAGCGCCGUGCCCAGAGUCACACCAGAUCUUGUCACUUCUUCCCGGAUGCAAGGAGCCUGACAGCUCCUUCUGUGUUUGCUUUCCCCUGUUUGGUGCGAUCCCGAGCAGCCUGCUGGAGGCGAGCCACCGGUGUGCAGAUGCAGGCGUGGACAGCAGAGCCGGCGGUCUGUGGGACCCCGCGUUCCCCAGUGGACACGGGCAGCUCUGGGUGCGGUCCCCGGAGAGGCGGCCAGAGGGUGCCCGCCAGGCUGCUGGUCGUCAGCACGAAGCCCGGCCUCUCGUCUUCCUGGGACGCGACAGCCUGGCCAGCGGGAAGAAAGAUUCCAGUGAGAAGGCAAGAAGACACGCAGCAGCGCUGGGUGGCAUAGUCCCCUUGGCAAGGCGCGGGGUUGUUCUGAAUGGGGCGCCCCACCGACGCGUGGCUCCUUCCAGAAAGCCUGAAGGUGGGGUGCGCGCGGAGCAUACGCGGGGGACCGAGGCUGUGGCCACGCUGGCUUCUUUCGAGCCGCGGGCGAGUAAUAAACCACCCGGACCCCGCCACCCCACCCCGCCAGGCGCUCAGGCGCGGCCGCGCGAGAUGCGCCCCGAAGCCCGCUUGCCGGGAAACGCUGGCCCGUCCCCUCCCGCUCCCACCUUCCGCGAAAGCAAAGAGCAAAACCCACAGAAGUCGUGCGAACUCUCGGGCUACACACGCACAGACCUCGCCAUCAAAGUCCUACUUUUAUAG